UCUUGAGUUUAAAUUUCGUGUAUGCAACUCAACUCCUUUUCCGUGCCACUACGAGGUUGGAUGCCAUUGUUUAGUGGCAGCUUCUCUAAUUAAUUUAGUAAGAUAAAUAAUUAAAAUGGCAGGAACACAAAUUGUUGCUCAAAAUAAUGAAGAAAAGAACAAAUACCAUUACUCGCAAGUUAGUUUAUCGCUAGAAAAUUGUAUCCUGCCACCAGAAAGACUAACUCCAUCACCUUCUCAAGUAGAUGGAUUGGACCCUGAAUCAGAGAUGGAAUUACGAAUAUUAGGCUGUGAAUGGAUUCAAACAUCGGGUAUUUUACUCCGAUUACCUCAGACUGCCAUGGCUACAGGACAGGUCUUAUUUCAGAGGUUUUUUUAUUCAAAGUCAUUUGUCAGACAGCCAAUGGAGGUCAUUGCCAUGGCUUGUAUUACUUUGGCAUCAAAAAUUGAAGAAGCCCCUCGUCGGAUAAGAGAUGUGGCAAACGUUUUUCAUCAUGUUAAACAAGUUAAAGCUGGAAAAACUAUCCAGCCUCUUAUACUAGAUCAAAAUUACAUUAACUUGAAAAACCAAGUAAUCAAAGGAGAAAGAAGAGUACUUAAAGAGCUUGGAUUUUGUGUUCAUGUGAAGCAUCCUCAUAAGAUCAUUGUGACCCUUCUUGAAGUUUUGAAGGUUAAGAAUAGAAAACUAAUGCAAACUGCUUGGAAUUACAUGAAUGAUAGCCUUCGCACAAAUGUGUUUCUAAGAUAUGAUCCAGAAGCAAUAGCCUGUAGCUGUAUUCAUCUCAGUGCUAGAUUAUUACAGAUUCCAUUGCCAAACAAACCAGCCUGGUACUUAGUCUUUGGAGUUUCAGAAGAAAACAUAAGUGAUAUAUGCGGCUCUAUAUUGUUUCUCUACACUCGAAAGAAGCCUGAUCCUGAGAAGUUAGAGAAAAUAGUUGAAGAAUUGAAAAAGUCUCAUAUGGAUGCCAAACUUAAAGCCAAAGGGUUAGCUCAAUUAAACAACCUGCCAAAUAGCUCACCUGCUGCAUCUCUUAUGGGUUCACCUAGAAAUGGCGUAAAAUCUCCCAGUAGUGAUUCCAAAAAAGAUAGAAGUGAUGGAAAACAUAAUGACACAAGCCCUAGGUACCACAGAGAUUCUAACCACAGAAAACGCCGUAGCGUUUCACCCCUGGAUGAUAAUUAUCAAAGUCCCGAGCCUAAUAAGAAACGCAGUAAAACCAGCUCAUCAGGUAGUGGUGGGAGCAGUCAUAGCUCUAGUCCGAAAAGAAAGCAAAAGACACCUCCUAGGGGCUUUAAAGAUUCUCAUCGAUCUAGAUCCCGAUCGAGAUCAAAAACCAGGAGUUCAAAGAAGGCAAAGCACAGAUCCCACAAGCGCAAACACAGUCUAUCUCCUGAAUACUCGCCAACUAAGCAUAGCAGUAGUGGGAAAAAAUCCUACAAAAACAAGCAUUCUGAUAAAUCUCAUCAUGCACGUUCUCGUUCCAGGUCACAUGAACGCAACCAUCAUCACACAAACUCAUUGCACGAGAAAUCUCAUAAAAAUCGUAGAGAAAAGGUUAAAGAGAACCACCAUUCCAGAGAGAAAAAGAGGAGAUAAUGUGAUAACUUUAGAAUUUUUUUUAGUAGAUUAAUUAAUCAUAUGUAAAUAGCAUAAGCAUGUACAGAAGUGUAAAGAAAAAAUUUGUAUACAAAUCUGUCCAAAUCAGGAUUUAUUUGAAGAAAUUACCUCAUUUUAACUGCACCAUGUGUGGUUGUAUUUAUUUUGAAUUUGUGUCUCUCAUGCUUGCAAGUGAAUUGUUAACCAACAAAACAUGAUUUUCUACCACCUUUUCAUCAUCUUUAGUUUUUGUAUUUAAGAAAAAUUAAAAUUGUUUUCUUUAAUUUUGAGCAUUUUUUGCAUUGUUAAGAAAUGACUACAAUCCUGUUGUGUUAACUAAAAAUGUUUAAGACAUUGAUCUUUUAAGUACUAAGUUAAAAUUAGGUAAAACAUUUUACCUAGUACACAUUCUCUCUAAAUAUAGUUGAUUUGUAGUUAUAUUAAAUUAACGAAUGGCACUUACUCAUUUCAUAUCCUUUUAAUGAUGAAUUAUAUUGUUUUUUUUCCUAACUUAUUUAGCCUUUCUUUUUUUUUAAUAUACAAAAUCUUUUUUAAUUGAACCUAGUUACUUUUGUUGUGUUAAUCAUGAAGGUUAGAGUAUUUGCAUUCACAUUACAACUUUAAUUAUUUAUUCAGCCUUUUCGAAUUUUAUGAAGUUUUCUCUCCCAUUGCUUGCCUAAAUGAAAUAUUUGGUGCCCCAUUAAUUUUACUGUCUUUUUUUUCUCUUUUUCAUGAUACCUAGAUUUUGAUUUUUUUUUAUGAACUAUUGUUUCUAACAGGAAAUAUUACUUUAUACCAACAAAUGUAUAUUUUGAUUGUACUUUUUUAUUAUCGGUUACAGUAUUGUUUGCUGUCAUUUCCAAUGAAUCACGAACUAGGAAGAAGAAAAAAAUACCUAGCUGGUAUUGAUAUUUGUAAAUAAAGUUGAUUCUUAUAGA